CUGGGCAGAAAGCUCUUGUCAAAAGUUGCUGAGUUUAUUCUUUUAAUUCUUAUCGUCUACAUAGUUUCAAUUUGAUUUCAAUAUCUGAACAGAAUGUAACACUGAUUGUGAUUAAAAUGAAAUCAAGUAUGAAAUAUCUAAUGAUAUUACUCUAUCCAUGAAAUAUGUCCCUUGUUUCUCACCUAAAGAAAAGAUUAUUUCAGUUAACUACUCAGGACUUUAUCUCUUAUAAUAUACAUUUAUCAUGAUAAAAAAAGGUAGAGAAGAACCUAUUCUCCGGACUCUGUAUAUUCACAAGCCAUCGAAGAUCAUAUGUAUACUGAUAAUCACGAUGGUGGUGAAUUUGAAGAAUACGAGGCAUUUAGUCAAGAGUAAAUGAAUGAUUGGAGUCACUUCUAAAAAUUAAUCGAUUUAUCAGAUGAAAAUGAAACUAAUGAUACUUUUGCUGCAAAUACAGUUGUCAGUGAAGUAGAAAGAAUUUUAGCUGUUACAGAAUUUUCAGAAACGUUCGGUUUGCGAAAUAUAGCUGCACCUAACUUUUUCAAAAUGAUGAAUUGAUUCUUUUAUCAGCGUGUACUUCGCUACUCAAUACUUAAUUGACAAACUAUUCUAUCUUGAUGGAGGUUGAUAAUCACUCGCUUGCAUUUUAACAAAGUUAUCUAGAUAUGUACAAAAACUACUGUAUAAGUUUAUCUAAAAACUAUUUAGUGUGUCUAGCAGACGAUAAAUCAAUGGAUCAACUUUGUCCUAGUUUGAAAAGAGAAGGGAAUGAUAUAUGCAUAAAAUUAUAGUUUAUUUUCUAAGAAAUAUAUGGAUCACAAAAUUGAAAAUUGCAUUGAUGGAAUGGUCAACGUCAAUUUUUCGAUAUUGCUUAUGAUAACUGAUGUUAGAAUUCAAUAUAGAUAUUCAUUGUAUUGUAUAGAAAGAGAAUUUUGAUAAUUUAUACUAAUCUAGUCGUAUACGAUCGAAAGAAUGGGUUGUGCUAUGUCUGCUGAGGAACGUGCGGCUUUAGCCCGAAGCAAACAGAUUGAAAAAAAUUUGAAGGAAGACGGUAUUCAAGCUGCAAAGGAUAUAAAGUUAUUAUUGCUUGGUGCUGGGGAGUCAGGCAAAAGUACUAUUGUGAAACAAAUGAAAAUUAUCCAUGAAAGUGGGUUUACUCCUGAAGAUUUCAAGCAGUAUAGGCCUGUUGUUUAUAGUAAUACAAUACAAUCUUUAGUUGCUAUUUUGAGAGCGAUGCCGAGUUUAGGAAUAGUAUUUUCCACAAAUGAAAGAGAGACGGAUGCAAAAAUGGUAUUCGAUGUGAUUCAGCGAAUGGAAGAUACAGAACCUUUUAGCGAAGAGUUGCUAUUAGCAAUGAAAAGACUUUGGGCAGACAGUGGUGUUCAAGAUUGUUUUGGAAGGAGCAAUGAGUACCAGUUGAAUGAUUCUGCAAAAUAUUUUUUAGAUGACCUGGAUCGAUUGGGUUCAAAAGACUACCAACCAACGGAGCAAGAUAUUUUGCGCACUAGAGUUAAAACAACAGGAAUUGUAGAAGUCCAUUUUUCAUUCAAAAAUUUGAACUUCAAAUUAUUUGAUGUUGGAGGGCAGAGAAGUGAGCGCAAGAAAUGGAUUCAUUGUUUCGAGGAUGUAACAGCUAUUAUAUUUUGUGUUGCAAUGUCUGAAUACGAUCAAGUUUUGCAUGAAGAUGAAACAACGAAUCGAAUGCAGGAGAGCCUGAAAUUAUUUGAUUCAAUAUGUAAUAAUAAAUGGUUCACAGACACUUCAAUAAUCCUCUUUUUAAAUAAAAAAGAUCUUUUUGAAGAAAAGAUCAGAAAGUCUCCUUUAACAAUUUGCUUUGCAGAAUAUGCAGGAGCACAAGAAUAUGGAGAAGCAGCAGCAUAUAUCCAAGCACAAUUUGAAGCCAAAAAUAAGUCGACAACAAAAGAAAUUUACUGCCAUAUGACAUGUGCCACCGAUACUAAUAAUAUUCAGUUUGUAUUCGAUGCUGUAACUGAUGUAAUUAUUGCGAACAAUCUGCGUGGAUGUGGUCUUUAUUAGGUUAUCAUAAACUACAAUCGAUAAUUUGUGAAAAUCAGUAUUAAAAUCAGUUUCAAAUUACACGUCUGUCCGAUACAUGAGCGUCAUUAUAAAAUUGAUAACAUAAAUAAUGUUCUAUCGGUAAAUAGAAAUGAUAUAAAUUAAAAUUGCAUUGAUCUUAUGAAAGACUAUGUAUUCUUAUAUUGAAGGGAUAGAAUUCUUCUGAAUAAACUAAGAUAUA